CACUAUUCCUUGUUCAAAAGGUCUCUGCUACUAGUGUACAUUGUUGGCAAGGGGCUCAUCAAAGAGGAUUGGGUUCCAAACCGUACAUAUCACAUCACAGAGAAUUCUUAUUCACGGGGUCUUAUCGCUCGGUUAGUCCAAUUUACAUAUUUGUGUUAGCUAUGGAGCUAGUCGGCAGGUUUCUCUGGACAAAAUUCUAAACAUGUUAGGGUAUCCUGUAAUAGGCGUUCUCAGUUCUCAACAUAUCAAUUUGUUCUGCACUUCCUGUGACUUUUAAAAGGAUCAAUAGUUACGUAGAUGAAUUUGAAUGUGUGCACUAUCAUGUGAUCUUUAUUAUAAUCCUCACAGGUCAAGACAUCUUGCUUGAUAACAUAAAUUAUUAAGAAGGUGAUUAAACAAAAUUACAAAACCUUCUAGGUUAUGCGUGACUUAAUUUGUUUUGCAAUAUUGUAAGUUUCAGAAUAGGUAUAGUAUGCAAUGAUGUCUGUUAAUUCUUGAUUAGGUUUCUUCCCAGUAGAUAACAUGAUUAAAGUAUCUCGUCGUGGUUUACCAUCUCGCUGUCUUGCGACAGUGUAGUCAACUUACUUAGCUUAUAUAUAAGAAUUGAGCUCCUGUCAGUGAAGCAUCAAGAAAGUCCAGACUAGGUUCACCCCCUAUAUUUUUAUUUAGUUUCUGUAAUUGAAGGAGCUGGUCUACUGAGAGAACAUUAAAAUUCAAGACUUGGGAAAUUUAAUAACCAUGGAUGGCUCUCACAGAUCACAAUCUUGCAUCACUUUGUGGAAAAUAAUUUUAUAUAAUCGCAUUUGGGAAAAGAUUCUUUGACUUUCAGAGAAUGUUUAGGCCUUGCAUCAGAAUUCACAGGGCUCAUGGACAUUAGUAAAAUGGCAAAUUGCUUUUUUUUUUUUUUUUUUGACGAUGAUAGUACUUGCAAUCUUAUAAAGCUUCAGAACAAAUUACAUGAUGAAUAAACUCAGGAGCAUUCACAUGCCAAUGGCAAAUUGCUUUACUUUAUUCUUCUCUUCCUUUUUCAUUGUAACCUCCAGUGCAAUAGACACACUUUUUCCGAAUCAGAUUAUUGGGGAUAACAUGGUAUCAGCUAAUGGUGAGUUUGAACUUGGUUUCUUUAGUCUUGGUAAUUCAAACAGUUGGUACCUAGGCAUACAAUACAAGAGGGCAUUUGGGACAGUCGCAUGGGUUGCCAAUCGAGAUGCACCCCUUACUACUUCAUCAGGAACACUAACUUUAAGUAGCGAGGGCAAACUUAUUAUUCAAAAUGGCACAAACAUGACAAUCUGGUCAUCAAGCUCUUCAAAAUCUUUAGGGAAUCCCGUGGCACAAUUAUUAGACUCAGGAAAUCUUGUUAUCAGAACAUAUAAUAACUCUGAUACAGGACUUAUUUGGGAAAGUUUUGAUUUUCCUUAUAACUCUCUCCUGCCAGGCAUGAGGUUAGGGAAGAACUUGGUGACGGGCCUAGAUUGGUCGUUGAAAUCAUGGAAACGCAAUAAUGAUCUUUCUCCAGGGAUUUUCCAGUUAAAGCUUGAUAUCAGUGGUUACCCACAAAUGUUCCUAUGGGAUGGAUCAGCUAGAUAUCUCCGGUUGGGUCCCUGGAAUGGUGUUAGUUUCAGUGGUGUUCCUAAUUGGGGUCCAAGUGAUAUCUUUAAUUCUGAGUUUGUCUUGAAUGAGAAAGAAAUGUAUUACAAGUAUGAUUUUAUAUACAGUUCGGGGCUUAUUAGGAUAAGCACAGAGCCUGAUGGACAAAUCAUACGCUAUACAUGGACUGAUGGAUAUAACACAUGGAAACCAUCUAUAUUGCUUCAGCCAGAUUAUUGUGAUGCUUAUGCACGCUGUGGGGAAUAUGCUAGCUGUAAUUCUAACUCUCUUUGUAGCUGUUUAGACAGAUUUCAGCCCAAAAACGUCAAGGCCUGGAGUCGUUUAAAUUUUUCUGAAGGGUGUGUUCCAGAGAAGCAAUUACAUUGUAGUGACAAGGAUGGGUUUGUACAGCAGUUAAACAAGAAAUUGCCAGAUACACGGAGGUCAACUUAUAAUCUGAGCAUGAACCUUAAAGAAUGUGAGAUGAAGUGUCUGAAAAACUGCUCUUGUACAGCAUAUGCAAAUACCAACAUCACUAAAGAAGGAAGUGGUUGCUUGAUUUGGUUCGGUGGCCUCAUUGAUAUUAAAGAACAAGGGCAAAGUCCAGACGUUUUUUAUGUACGAGUUGCCUCCGGUGCAAGUAGUAGUUCCAGAGCAAGGCGAAUUGCAUUAAUUGUAAUUGUAACCAUAGUAUCAAUUUUAGCAGUGGCACUUAUCUUCUACCUGUGGCAUGUCCGCCGGUACAGAAAGCAAAAUAGAGAAGGAGAAAUGAUGGAAAAUGAGAUAGAUGAUGGGAGGGAAGAUCUCCCAUUAUUUGACUUCAGAACUAUUGCUAAUGCCACCAACAACUUCUCCAGCAACUUUAAACUUGGCGAAGGUGGCUUUGGACCUGUCUACAAGGGUGUUCUGGAAAAUGGAAAAGAAAUAGCUGUAAAGAGGCGUUCAACAUGUUCGGCACAGGGAACAGAAGAGUUUAGAAAUGAAGUAUCCUGCAUUGCAAAGCUUCAACAUCGGAAUCUGGUCAGGCUUCUUGGUUGGUCCACUGAGGAAGGAGAAAGAAUAUUAAUCUAUGAAUACAUGCCCAACAAAAGCUUGGAUUACUUCAUAUUUGGGGAUACAGACCAGAGAGCAUCACUAAAUUGGCCUAAGCGUUACAACAUAAUAAAUGGCAUUGCUAAGGGGUUACUCUACCUUCACGAAGACUCCAGAUUAAGGGUCAUUCAUCGAGAUCUUAAAACUAGCAACAUCCUCCUUGAUUAUCAUUUGAAUCCAAGAAUCUCAGAUUUUGGCACAGCUAGACGUUUUGCAGACAGUCAAACUGAGGCUAACACUGCAAGGGUGGUCGGAACAUAUGGCUACAUGUCUCCUGAGUACGCUAUUGAAGGAGAAUUUUCAGUUAAAUCCGAUGUUUAUAGCUUUGGUGUAAUGAUAAUAGAGAUCGUAAGUGGAAAGAAAAACAGAUUUUUUAAUCAUCCAGGACACAACCUUAAUCUUAUCGGCCAUGCAUGGACGGGUUAUAACGAAGAUAAUCUUAUGGAACUAAUUGAUGUACCAAUCCAAGAGUCAGGUGAAGAACAUGAAGUGUAUCGAGUUAUUCAUAUAGGAUUACUAUGUGUUCAACAAUAUCCUGAAGAUAGACCAGACAUGUCAUCCGUACUCAAGAUGCUGAGUAGCAAAGUCCCGCUGCCUCGUCCAAAUCAACCUGUUUUUUUCACCGAGAGAAGAUUAAAUGAAGCAAAUCCUUCUCAUAGCCAGGAUGGUUUCUCCAUAUGUAGCCAAACUAAUACAUUUUUCGCUCCUCGAUAGGUACUGUGAUUCUGUCGUGCAAACACUUCUAUAAUGUGAUUGAUCAACCUAAACAACCUGGUUUCUUGAGUAAAAGAAAAUUGGAGAAGCCAUAGCUCGUUUAGAAGAGUGAAAGAAAUUCUUUAAGUAAUAUGCGUGAUUUGUUUUGAUCCUAUCUUCUAUUAUUGUGGAACUGAUAUAAUAUUUCAUCUA